AUGUCCAAAACCACCACCGAAACCUUCACCCAACAAGAUCCCAUCCCACCAACUACCUCCCCAACCCAACUCGGCACCACCGCUCAAGUAGCAGCCGUCGCACAAGAGACAAACUUCUCUUCCCAAGCUUCUUCUAUCCUGCAUGCCUCUCUCCGCUCCACACCACCCAAGAUCGUAUCAGCCAAUGGAAAUUACUUGUACACCGACUCGGGAUACUCGAUUUUGGAUGCCACAGGCGGAGCAGCAGUAGCUUGUCUAGGACAUAAUCAUCCUCGCGUCAAAGCUGCGAUUAACAAGCAAUUGGAAACGGGAGUGGCGUAUGCUUAUAGUCCGUUUUUCGCUACGGGGGUUGCGGAGGAGUUGGGGAGGAGGUUGGUCGCCAGUACGAACAACCGACUCACCCGCGCCUUCAUCGUCUCCUCUGGAACAGAAGCCAUUGAAGCUGCACUCAAACUCUCUCGGCAAUAUUUCAUCGAACUUGAAGGACCUUCGACAAAACGCAAGAAUUUCAUCAGUAGGAAACAGUCUUACCACGGGAAUACCCUUGGAGCCUUGGCUGUCGGCGGACAUGUUGCCAGAAAAGCGAUUUAUGAGGAUAUUCUGAUCAGUGAGAAUGUGCGACAUGUUGAGGCGUUUUAUCCUUAUCGGGGAACUAAGAAUGGGACGACGGAGGAAGAGUAUGUGGAUGAGUUGGUGAGAGAGUUCGAAGAGGAGGUUGUGAGAAUGGGCCCGGAAACGGUUUGUGCUUUUGUUGCGGAGACAAUGUCAGGAUUGACGUUGGGUGCUGUGCCGCCUGGAAACGGAUAUUUGAAGAAGAUGAAAGCCGUCUGUGAGAAAUUUGGCAUCUUGUUCGUCUUGGAUGAGGUCAUGUCUGGAAUGGGGAGGACGGGGACUUUGCAUGCUUGGGAGCAGGAGGAAGGUGUUGUGCCAGAUCUGCAGACUGUGGCGAAGGGGUUGGGCGCGGGAUAUGAGCCGAUUGGGGCUUUGUUGGUCAAGAAGGAAGUGGUGGAGGUCUUGGAGAAGGGGAGUGGCGGGUUUGUGCAUAGUCAGACGUAUCAAGGCCAUCCGGUGGCUUGUGCGGCGGCUUUGGAGGUGCAGAAGGUUGUGGAGGAGGAGAAGUUGUUGGAGAAUGUGAGGGGUUUGGCGCCGGUUCUGGAGGGGCUGUUGAGGGACAAGUUGGCUGAGCACCCGAAUGUUGGCGAUAUUCGGGGUAGGGGAUUUAUGUGGGGUGUUGAAUUGGUCAAGGAUAAGAACACCAUGGAGCCAUUUCCUGCGCAGGAGAAGGUCGCGGCGAGAAUUCACGCCACUGGUCUGCAAAAAGACUUUGGCAUUUCGAUAUUGCCAGGCGGAGGUGUCGCCGAUGGUGUCAAUGGUGAUGUAAUUAUGCUUGCUCCGGCGUACAAUUGCACCAAGGAGGAUCUUGAGCUCAUCGUGGAAAGAAUGGCCAAGGUUGUUGAGCAUGUUUUGGGCAAGUGAGCAAGCGAGCAGCAGCCCAGAAGCAAGUGUAUGGACUCACUGCGCAAAUGCCGCACUCGCACGGCCAUAUGUAAUCUAUCGAAGUUGACGAGAUACGAGAUUUGGGUCCCGC